AUGGCCCCGGUCCCAGUUCUGGCCAGAGCCCUGGCCCUGGCCUUGGCUAUGCUGGGACCGCUGUGCCCAGGGGCCAGGUCAGGGGACUGCAAGGGACAGCGACAGGUGCUGCGGGAGGCUCCAGGCUUCGUGACGGAUGGUGCAGGCAACUACAGCGUCAAUGGCAACUGCGAGUGGCUCAUCGAGGCCCCGAGCCCCCGCCACCGGAUCCUGCUGGACUUCCUCUUCUUGGACACGGAGUGCACAUACGACUACCUGUUCGUGUAUGACGGCGACUCGCCACGUGGGCCCCUGCUGGCCAGCCUGAGUGGGAGUACCCGGCCUCCAUCCAUCGAGGCUGCCUCGGGCAAGAUGCUGCUGCAUCUCUUCAGUGACGCCAACUACAACCUGCUGGGCUUCAACGCCUCUUUCCGCUUCUCCCUGUGUCUGGGGGGCUGCCAGAACCAUGGGCAGUGCCUGCCCCGGGGGGUGUGUGUCUGUGAGCCAGGCUGGGGCGGCCCCGACUGCAGCCUGCAGGAGUGCACAGCCUACUGUGGCAGCCACGGAACCUGCGCUUCACCUCUGGGACCAUGUCGCUGUGAACCUGGUUUCCUGGGACACGCCUGUGACCUGCACCUAUGGGAGAACCAGGGGGCUGGCUGGUGGCACAACGUGAGUGCUGGGGACCCUGCCUUCUCUGCUCGCAUUGGGGCAGCUGGCGCCUAUUUGCCCCAGCCGGGGCUGCUGGCUGUUUUUGGAGGGCAGGACCUUAACAACGCCUUGGGUGACCUCAUCCUGUACAACUUCUCUGCCAACACCUGGGAGCGCUGGGAUCUCAGUCCUGCCCCGGCUGCUCGUCACUCCCACGUGGCCGUGGCCUGGCUUGACUCCCUAGUGCUGAUGGGCGGUGAACUGGCUGAUGGCUCACUCACCAAUGAUGUAUGGGCCUUCAAUCCUCUGGGUGGGGGCCGCUGGGAGCUCCUGGCACCACCUUCCUCCAGCUCCUCUGGGCCCCCAGGCCUGGCAGGCCAUGCAGCUGCCCUUGUGGACAACACCUGGCUCUAUGUGUCUGGAGGCCGUACCCAGCAUGACCUCUUCUCCUCUGGCCUCUUCCGUUUCUGCCUCGAUGGUGCCAGUGGGGGCCGCUGGGAACAGGUGAUCCCGAUGGGCGGGCGGCCCCCUGCUGCCACCGGCCACUCCAUGGUGUUCCAUGCCCCUUCCCGUGCCCUGCUGGUCCAUGGGGGACACCGACCCUCCACUGCCCGGUUCUCUGUGCGGGUGAACUCCACCGAGCUCUUCCACGUGGAUCGGCGUGUGUGGACCACCCUGAAGGGCCGGGAUGGUCUUCAGGGCCCGAGGGAGCGAGCCUUCCACACAGCCAGCGUGUUGGGCAACUACAUGGUGGUGUAUGGAGGCAAUGUCCACACACAUUACCAGGAGGAAAAGUGCUACGAAGAUGGCAUCUUCUUCUACCACCUCGGCUGCCACCAGUGGGUUUCAGGGGCUGAGCUUGCCCCCCCAGGGACCCCUGAGGGCCGAGCAGCACCUCCCAGUGGUCGGUAUUCACAUGUGGCAGCUGUACUUGGUGGCAGUGUCCUUUUGGUGGCUGGAGGCUACAGUGGCCAGCCCCGUGGGGACUUGAUGGCCUACAAGGUGCCACCAUUCGUGUUCCAGGCACCUGCCCCGGAUUACCACCUGGACUAUUGUUCCAUGUACAUGGACCACAGCGUCUGCUCCCGAGACCCUGAAUGCAGUUGGUGCCAAGGAGCCUGCCAGGCUGCACCCCCUCCAGGAACCCCCUCUGGGGCUUGUCCAGCAGCCAGCUGCCUGGGCCUGGGCCGCCUCCUGGGUGACUGCCAGGCAUGCCUGGCCUUCAGCAGCAACACAGCCCCUCCACGGGGGCCCGGCCCCCUGGGAUGGUGUGUGCACAACGAGAGCUGCCUCCCACGGCCUGAGCAAGCCCGCUGCCGUGGGGAGCAGAUUUCUGGCACCGUGGGCUGGUGGGGGCCAGCGCCCGUCUUUGUCACCUCCCUGGAGGCCUGUGUCACCCAGAGCUUCCUUCCCGGCCUACACCUGCUCACCUUCCAGCAGCCGCCCAAUGCCUCCCAGCCCGACAAGGUCUCGAUCGUCCGCAGUACUACCAUCACCCUGACUCCCAACCCAGAGACAGACGUGUCCCUGGUCUACCGCGGCUUCAUCCAUCCCCUGCUGCCAGGUGGACCUGGUGGGCCGGGAGCUGACGAUGUGGCUGUGUGGGCACGUGCUCAGCGUCUUCAUGUCUUGGCCCGGAUGGCCCGUGGCCCUGACACCGAGAACAUGGAGGAGGUGGGGCGUUGGGUGGCCCAGCAGGAGAAGGAGACAAGGCGGCUGCAGCGCCCAGGCUCUGCCCGCCUCUUCCCCUUGCCUGGGCGCGGCCACAAGUAUGCAGUGGAGAUCCGCGGCCAGCUCAAUGGCUCCGUGGGCCCUGGGCACAGUGAGCUCACGCUGCUGUGGGACCGCACUGGUGUGCCAGGUGGCAGUGAGAUCUCCUUCUUCUUCCUGGAGCCCUAUCGCUCGGCGGCCUGCACCUCCUACUCCUCCUGCCUGGGCUGCCUGGCAGACCAAGGCUGUGGCUGGUGCCUGGACAGCGCCACCUGUCACCUGCGCCAGGGCGGGGCCCACUGUGGCCAUGACGGGGCCCUGCUGGUGCUGGUGCCCACCCUCUGCCCGCUCUGUGAGGAGCACCGCGACUGCCACGCCUGCACCCAGGACCCUUUCUGCGAGUGGCAUCAGAGUACCAGCCGAAAAGGGGACGCGACAUGCAGCCGACGGGGCCGGGGCCGGGGUGCUCUGAAGAGCCCAGAAGAGUGUCCCCCACUCUGCAGCCAGCGCCUGACCUGUGAUGACUGCUUGGCCAACUCAAGCCAGUGCGCCUGGUGCCAGUCCACCCACACUUGCUUCUUGUUUGCUGCCUAUCUGGCCCGGUACCCACAUGGGGGCUGUCGUGGCUGGGAUGACAGCGUGCACUCGGAGCCACGGUGCCGGAGCUGCGACCGCUUCCUGACCUGCCGCGAGUGUCUGCAAAGCCAUGAGUGUGGCUGGUGUGGCAACGAGGACAACCCGACACUGGGCCGGUGCCUGCAGGGGGACUUCUCAGGACCCCUCGGUGGGGGUAACUGCUCCCUGUGGGUAGGGGAGGGCCUGGGACUGCCUGUGGCCCUUCCGGCCCGCUGGGCUUAUGCCCGAUGCCCAGAUGUGGACGAGUGUCGCCUGGGCCUGGCUCGGUGCCACCCUCGGGCCACCUGCCUGAACACACCCCUCAGCUACGAGUGCCACUGCCAGCGGGGCUACCAGGGCGACGGCAGCACACAUUGCAACCGCACGUGCCUGGAGGACUGCGGGCAUGGUGCGUGUAGUGGCCCCCCUGACUUCACUUGCGUGUGUGACCUGGGCUGGACAUCUGAUCUGCCACCACCCACACCUGCCCCAGGACCCCCAACCCCGCGCUGCUCCCGGGACUGCGGCUGUAACUUCCACAGCCACUGCCGCAAACAGGGGCCUGGUGUCUGUGAUGAGUGCCAGGACUGGACAUGGGGGGAACACUGUGAACGGUGCCGGCCUGGCAGCUUUGGCAAUGCCACUGGCUCAGGCGGCUGCCGGCCCUGCCAGUGCAAUGGGCAUGGGGACCCACGCCGGGGCCACUGCGACAAUCUCAGCGGGCUCUGCUUCUGCCAGGACCACACUGAGGGCGCCCACUGCCAGCUCUGCUCCCCCGGCUACUAUGGGGACCCCCGGGCUGGUGGCUCCUGCUUCCGGGAGUGUGGGGGUCGCGCCCUCCUUACCAACGUGUCCUCUGUGGCACUGGGCUCACGCCGAGUUGGGGGGCUGCUGCCUCCUGGUGGUGGGGCAACGAGAGCCUGGCCAGGCCUUUCUUAUUGCGUGUGGGUUGUGUCAGCCACUGAAGUACUGCAGCCAUGUGCACCUGGCACCCUGUGCCCACCAUUAACCCUCACCUUCUCCCCUGACAGUAGCACCCCAUGCACGCUGAGCUACGUACUAGCCUUUGAUGGAUUCCCUCGCUUCCUGGACACUGGUGUCGUGCAGUCGGACCGUAGCCUCAUUGCUGCUUUCUGUGGCCAGCGUCGGGACAGACCGCUGACUGUGCAGGCCCUGUCUGGGCUGCUGGUACUGCACUGGGAGGCCAAUGGCUCCACGUCCUGGGGCUUCAACGCAUCGGUGGGCUCUGCCCGCUGUGGCUCAGGGGGGCCUGGGAGCUGUCCUGUCCCCCAAGAGUGUGUGCCCCAGGAUGGGGCUGCAGGUGCUGGGCUCUGCCGAUGUCCCCAUGGCUGGGCCGGUCCUCACUGCCGCAUGGCCCUGUGUCCUGAGAACUGCAGUGCCCACAGUGGGGCAGGGACUUGCAACCAGAGUCUGGGUGUGUGUAUCUGUGCGGAGGGCUUUGGGGGCCCCGACUGUGCCACAAAGCUGGAUGGUGGGCAGCUCGUCUGGGAGACCCUCAUGGACAGCCGCCUGUCAGCUGACACAGCUAGCCGCUUCCUGCACCGCCUGGGACACACCAUGGUGGAAGGACCCGAUGCCACACUCUGGAUGUUUGGGGGCCUGGGCCUGCCCCAGGGGCUGCUGGGAAAUCUAUAUAGAUACUCAGUGAGUGAGCGGCGAUGGACACAGAUGCUGGCAGGCGCUGAGGAUGGGGGCCCUGGCCCAGCCCCCCGCUCCUUCCAUGCGGCUGCCUAUGUUCCUGCUGGCCGAGGCGCCAUGUACCUGCUGGGGGGGCUCACAGCUGGGGGUGUCACCCGAGACUUCUGGGUCCUCAACCUCACCACCCUUCAAUGGCGACAGGAGAAGGCCCCUCAGACCGUGGAGCUGCCAGCAGUCGCGGGUCACACCCUUACUGCCCGCAGAGGUCUCUCUCUGCUUCUAGUGGGCGGUUACUCCCCCGAAAAUGGCUUCAAUCAGCAGCUGCUCGAGUACCAACUGGCAACUGGCACCUGGGUGUCUGGAGCCCAGAGUGGGACACCCCCAACAGGUCUCUAUGGUCAUUCAGCCAUCUACCACGAAGCCACGGACUCGCUCUACGUAUUUGGAGGCUUCCGCUUCCAUGUGGAGCUGGCUGCCCCGUCCCCUGAGCUCUACUCCCUGCACUGUCCUGACCGCACCUGGAGUUUGCUGGCCCCUUCUCAGGGGGCAAAGGAGACCUGUGGACAGUUUGUCUCAGUGUUCUGUGCUGAGUGCCCCAGGGCAGCUCGAAUGUGGAGGUUCUGGGACAUAGGGAAGGCUUCCUGGAGGAGGACGACUUGGCCUGUAUCUCCCCAACAGCCCCGCCCGCGACUUUUCCAUGCCUCCGCCUUGCUGGGGGACACCAUGGUGGUGCUGGGGGGGCGCUCGGACCCCGAUGAGUUCAGCAGUGACGUUCUGCUCUACCAGGUCAACUGCAACGCCUGGCUCCUGCCCGACCUCACCCGCCCAGCCUCUGUGGGACCCCCAAUGGAGGAGUCCGUGGCCCACGCUGUGGCGGCAGUAGGAAGCCGUCUUUACAUCUCUGGGGGUUUUGGGGGUGUGGCCUUAGGGCGCCUGCUGGCCCUGACCCUGCCUCCCGACCCCUGCCGCCUGCUAUCCUCACCUGAAGCUUGUAACCAGUCUGGGGCCUGUACCUGGUGCCAUGGGGCCUGCUUGUCUGGAGACCAAGCCCACAGGUUGGGCUGUGGGGCCCACCCCUGCUCCCCAAUGCCUCGCUCCCCUGAGGAGUGUCGUCGGCUCCGGACCUGCAGCGAGUGCCUGGCCCGCCAUCCCCGGACGCUGCAGCCUGGAGAUGGAGAGGCAUCUGUCCCCCGCUGUAAGUGGUGUACCAACUGCCCUGAGGGUGCCUGCAUUGGGCGCAAUGGCUCCUGCACCUCAGAGAAUGACUGUCGGAUCAACCAGCGAGAGGUCUUCUGGGCAGGAAACUGUUCCGAGGCUGCGUGCGGGGCUGCAGACUGCGAGCAGUGCACGCGAGAGGGCAAGUGCAUGUGGACGCGCCAGUUCAAGAGAACAGGGGAGACGCGGCGCAUCCUCUCAGUGCAGCCUACAUAUGACUGGACGUGCUUCAGCCACUCCCUGCUGAACGUGUCCCCAAUGCCGGUGGAGUCAUCGCCCCCACUCCCCUGCCCUACCCCUUGUCACCUCCUGCCCAACUGUACCUCCUGCCUGGACUCCAAGGGUGCGGAUGGGGGCUGGCAGCACUGUGUAUGGAGCAGCAGCCUCCAGCAGUGUCUCAGCCCUUCUUACCUGCCCCUGCGGUGUAUGGCCGGAGGCUGUGGGCGUCUGCUCCGGGGCCCAGAGAGUUGCUCCCUGGGCUGUGCUCAGGCAACGCAGUGUGCCCAGUGCCUACGACGCCCUCAGUGUGGCUGGUGCGCCUGGGGGGGCCAGGAUGGUGGUGGCCGCUGCCUGGAGGGUGGACUCAGUGGCCCUCGUGAAGGGCUGACGUGUGGGCGUUCUGGGGCCUCCUGGGCCUUCCUGGCCUGCCCCCCUGAAGAUGAAUGUGCAAAUGGGCACCAUGACUGCAACGAGACGCAGAAUUGCCACGACCGCCCCCAUGGUUAUGAGUGCAGCUGCAAGACAGGCUACACCAUGGACAAUGUGACCGGGCUAUGCCGCCCUGUGUGCGCCCAGGGCUGUGUCAAUGGCUCAUGCGUGGAGCCCGACCACUGCCGCUGCCACUUUGGAUUUGUUGGUCGCAACUGCUCCACAGAGUGUCGCUGCAACCGCCACAGCGAGUGUGCUGGCGUUGGGGCACGUGACCACUGUCUACUCUGCCGCAACCACACCAAGGGCAGCCACUGUGAGCAGUGCCUCCCACUGUUUGUGGGUUCAGCUUUGGGAGGUGGGACCUGCCGGCCCUGUCACGCCUUCUGUCGUGGCAACAGCCACGUCUGCGUCUCCAGGAAGGAGCUUGAAAUGGCCAGGAGGGAGCCUGAGAAGUAUUCUCUGGAUCCAGAGGAGAUUGAAAACUGGGUGGCAGAGGGCCCCAGUGAGGAUGAGGCCGUGUGCGUAAACUGCCAGAAUAACAGCUAUGGGGACAAGUGUGAGAGCUGCCUCCAUGGCUAUUUCCUCCUGGACGGGAAGUGCACCAAAUGCCAGUGUAAUGGCCACGCAGACACAUGUAAUGAGCAGGACGGGACAGGCUGUCCUUGUCAGAACAACACAGAGACAGGCACAUGCCAGGGCAGUUCCCCCAGUGACCGCCGGGACUGCUACAAGUACCAGUGUGCCAAGUGCCGGGAGUCGUUCCAUGGGAGCCCGCUCGGAGGCCAGCAGUGCUACCGCCUCAUUUCUGUGGAGCAAGAAUGCUGCCUGGACCCCACGUCCCAGACUAACUGCUUCCAUGAGCCCAAGCGCCGGGCCCUGGGCCCUGGCCGCACCGUCCUCUUCGGUGUGCAGCCCAAGUUCACCAAUGUGGACAUCCGCCUAACACUGGAUGUGACUUUCGGGGCCGUGGACCUCUACGUCUCCACCUCCUAUGACACCUUUGUGGUCCGCGUGGCCCCAGACACCGGCGUCCACACUGUGCAUAUCCAGCCCCCACCACCCCCCCCACCUCCACCACCCCCGGCUGAUGGUGGACCCCGGGGGUCCGGGGAGCCAGGGGCACUUGGGACUGGGAGUGGGCUGGGCACCCCGGCAGAGCCUCGGGUGCGGGAGGUGUGGCCACAUGGCCUCAUCACCUACGUGACUGUGACUGAGCCCUCGACAGUGCUGGUGGUGCAUGGCGUGCGGGACCGGCUGGUCAUCACCUACCCACAUGAGCACCACGCCCUCAAGUCCAGCCGCUUCUACCUGCUCCUGCUGGGUGUGGGAGACCCAGGCGGGCCCGGCGCCAACGGCUCUGCUGACUCGCAAGGCCUGCUUUUCUUCCGGCAGGACCAGGCCCACAUCGACCUGUUUGUUUUCUUCUCCGUCUUCUUCUCCUGCUUCUUCCUCUUCCUCUCGCUUUGUGUGCUGCUUUGGAAGGCCAAGCAGGCCCUGGACCAGCGGCAAGAGCAGCGCCGGCAUCUGCAGGAGAUGACCAAGAUGGCUAGCCGUCCCUUCGCCAAGGUCACCGUCUGCUUCCCACCGGACCCAGCUGCCUCGGCGCCCCCCUGGAAGCCUGCUGGACUCCCACCACCUGCCUUCCGCCGCUCUGAGCCCUUCCUGGCACCUCUACUGCUGACAGGGGCUGGUGGGCCCUGGGGACCCGUGGGAGGGGGCUGCUGCCCUCCAGCCCUGCCCACCACCCCUGCUGGCCUGCGAGCUGGGCCCAUCACCCUCGAGCCCACUGAAGAUGGCAUGGCAGGUGUGGCCACACUGCUGCUUCAGCUGCCUGGUGGGCCCCAUGCCCCCAACGGUGCCUGCCUGGGCUCAGCCCUUGUCACGCUGAGGCACAGGCUCCACGAGUACUGCGGAGUCGGCAGCGGGGCUGGGGGCAGUGGGCAUGGGGCUGGAGGAGGCCGGAAGGGCCUGCUGAGCCAGGACAACCUCACCAGCAUGUCCCUCUGA